AUGGGUAGAGCUCGAUGCAAAGCAAAUUUGAAGAGAGGGCCUUGGUCUCCUGAAGAAGACGCCGCUCUCAAAAGCUAUGUUCAGACCCAUGGCACUGGUGGUAACUGGAUCGCUGUGCCCCUUAAAGCUGGCCUAAAGAGAUGUGGCAAGAGUUGCCGGUUGCGAUGGCUGAAUUAUCUCAGACCAGGCAUUAAACAUGGAGGGUUUACCGAGGAGGAAGACGACAUUAUAUGCACUCUAUAUACUCAAAUGGGAAGCAGGUGGUCUCUCAUUGCAUCUCAACUCCCUGGAAGAACCGACAACGAUGUGAAAACCUACUGGAACACCAAGUUGAAGAAGAAGCUACUUGCCGGGAAAUCGACAAGCUCUAAUAUCGACAACACUUUCACCAGUGCUGCUGUUUCAUUGCCGAUUGUAUCUGAUGUUGGCUAUGGACUCGCUGUCACCAGUACCUCUCAAAGCUUGCCUUUAGACCCGGUCAUGCACUUUUCUCAGCCGUCAGGUCCGAAUCUGGACAACAGUCACAACAACAUCGUUGUUGCCUCAUCCCGAGAAGGAUCCGCCGGGUCGGAUUUUGCUGGUGAUGGCUAUGUUGAAGAUAAGGGAAGUGUUCUGGUCGAUGUUCAUCAUCAUCAACAACAACAGUUUAGCAAUGAGUUCAUCAAUGGCGGCGAGAUUGGUGUUCCGAGUUUAGCAGAUUUCUCUCAUGCUGACAUAAAGGUUACUCGAGGACUGAAUCAAAGCGUUGUUAACCGAUAUUGA